CCCCUCCUCUUUAUGCCAUUCGGGCAACUCAUCAUCGGCUCGCCCGGCGCCGGCAAGACGACGUACUGCGCGGGUGCCCAGGCAUUCCUGCACGCCCUCGACCGCCCCGCGGCAGUCGUGAACCUCGAUCCAGCAAACGAGAGGAGGCUGCUGCCGUAUGCGCCCGCCGUCGACAUCAACGAGCUCAUCUCGGUGGCGGAUGUCAUGAGGGAGUUUGGGCUGGGGCCGAACGGCGCCCUGCUCUACUGCAUGGAAUACCUCGAGGCCAAUCUCGACUGGCUCCUCGCCUCUUUACGUGCGCUCGGCGAGGAUGCAUACGUCCUCUUCGACAUUCCGGGACAAGUCGAGCUUUCUACAAAUCAUCCCUCAUUGCGCCGGAUCCUCGAGGCGCUGGGCAAGGAUGGCUGGCGCUUGGUAGCGGUGCACAUGGCCGAUGCCUCGCACAUCACCGAUGCCUCGCGCUACGUCGCGCUGUUGCUGCUCAGUCUUCGCGCCAUGCUCUCGCUUGAACUGCCGCAUAUCAACGUGCUCAGCAAGGUGGAUCUGCUGGGCGAGGCGGUGGGGAAGGGCGGGGGCGGCAGUGCGGAGGAUGGAGAGAGCGAGGAGAGCGAUGGGUGGAGCAGUGCGGAGGAGGAGGAGGAUGGGGAGCGAAAAGCGGGUGGGAGAAGGGAGGGCCUCGCCUUCAAUCUCUCCUACUACACGCGCGCCCAAGAUCUCUCGCGCCUCACUGACUCUCUCGAGGCUCUCGCCGCGCCUCGUCGCGCCUCGCGCUUCGCCGAGCUCAAUGCGCGCAUCUGCGAGCUCGUCGAGGACUUUGGCCUCGUGGGCUUUGAGACGCUGGCGGUGGAUGACAAGCGCAGCAUGCUGCGCCUCACGCGCGUCAUUGACAAGGCCGGAGGCUACGUCUACGCGCCACGAGCAGCAGGGCAGGCCAGUGCGCGUGAGCACAGAGGAGGGCCGAGCAAUCCGAAGGACGUGCAGCUGCCGGCACAAGACGAUCCGGAGCUUGCGAGGUACGAGGCAGGCAGUCUGGCAGCGACCGCAGGAGGUCUCCUCCGCCGCGAUGGCGCAGCCACAGCCGCCGCGCUCUUUGGCACGGCCGACGGCGACAUCGCAGGCUGGGGCGAGGCGGGCGAUGUGCAAGAGCGCUGGGUCGACGAUCGCGCGCGCUGGGAUGCGUGGGAGGCGAUGCAGGCGCAACAGGAGCGCGAGAAGCGCUUGGAGAGAGACGUGUAUCGCGAGGCAGGCAAGGUGUUGCAGGCGGAGAAGGAGAGGAAGGAGCAGGGAGGGUGAGGGCCAAUGCACCAGCAUGAAGAAACAAGGCGCGAGGGAAGCAUUUCUUUCAUUGGCGAGGGGAGCUGCGAGGAGCAGCUAAGGCACG